GCCGAACAAAGGGGGGGACGCGGGUAGGGCGGUCGGGGGCGCCACCUAGCGGGCGCCGAUGGCCGCUGCAGGGCGCGCGGGGAGCCCCCCGCCCAGAUCCUGGGGUCUGUCCGCCCGACUCGGGCGGAGCCCCUGCUCCCCAACCGGCCCCGCGGCGCCCCGCUUUGGGGGGCCGGACAGGCCCUCCCCGCGGUUGCACUUGCGGCCCCCGCCCCUCAUUCUUGUAGACUCCCAGGUGGUCUUUCUCAUCCAACUGUCUUUUAAAAGGCCGCCCAGCCCCCGUGCCCCUUGGGGUGCUUUCCCCAGAGUUCGAGGAUUCUGCUGUUCUCGGUCGUGCUGUCCCUUCCGUGGCCUUGUUGGAGAAAGGGGCUCUUCCCUCACCUACUCGCAAAGGGAAAAUAAACGCAUAGCCUACGCCCCCGGGGCCCACCACCCCCUCCUCCCACAGCGGGAAGGUUUUAAGUAAGGGAUAGGUUCGCCCACAAAGGCAGACACCCCUUCCCCCGCGUUGUCGCUUUUCAGCAUUUGGGCCCCAAUUUGUCAUCUGUGCCAGGAUCGGCCGGUCCUCGCUGGCCCUCAAAGCCGAGUGUGGCCUUUUUUGGGGUGGGGGGUGUCCUUCCUGCUGCAGAAUUCAAUGCCUUAAGAUCCGUGAAGGCUCUGUCCUGGCUGGGGAGACUGUGCCCCAGUCUCUGCGCUCCGCUCCCACAAACUCCCCAACCCCUUUUGUUUUUAAAGAAUCUCAGCUCCUCCCGCACCCCCCUUCCUGCUCUUAAAGGGCCAGCCUGCCUUAGCCUUCCAUGGCUCCGUGCAGCACUGGAAGGAUGCUCAGAGACCGUUAGCUAUCCAGUCAGUGCCUUUGCAGACAAAGACGCUUAGGCCCAGAGAGCGGACAUAACCCACCAAAGGUCACUGAGCAAGUCGCCAGUGAAACCAUGACUUGCAUUCAUUGAUUUUUCUUUAGCUAUACUUUAAAAAAUAAAGCUAAAACAAAAGAAAACUCCACAACAUGACAGGAGUCCCCUCUGGUCCUGUCUUUUGUUUAUCCGACCCUGAGAUUCUGCACAGGGAGAAUGACCAGAGCCCUCAUGAUUAGUCUUUAUGGCCAGGAGACCAUUUUCUAAAUAAAAAAUUGCCAGAUCUGCAGGGAAGGUAGGGUGUUUGUUUGACAAAAGGAACACUAGUGGGCUGGUGGGGCCCCACCAGUGCCUACCCUUCUGAUUGCUGGGUAGUAACAAGCUCCCUACCAGAAAAAAAGAUGAAUCCCCAGAAAGACUUUGAUGGGCUCUGGUGGGUGGUGACCUGUCGCUGCUGCAGUGCCUUCAGCAGUCUCUCUGGUGGCCCUUCUACCAUUCCUUUUAAGGGUCAUUGGUCCUCAGACUCCGAGGAAGUCCAGGUCUGAGAAACUCCUUUCCCUGGAGGUGCUGACAGCUUAGUCAUGGGUAUCCCUCCAGUGGGCCACCCGACAGUGCUAAACUGGUAGCCAUGAGAGGCUGUAUUUGAGGCACUACUAGAAAAAGGGAGAAGACCUUUGGGUGGGGCUCUCCUGGCUGGGGCCCCAGGUGGGUGGGUCCUUUGCACAGCUCUGGAUGCAGACAGAUGCCCCCUUUGUUCCUCUGGCCCCUCUGCCUGCUCUAUGCCGGCUGUAACUGGCCAGCCCUUUGCUUUCCUGGCUUUACCCUACACCUCUUCCAAAAAGGACACCUUGCAGACCAACACCCUCCUUGGCCUUUGCCUUGUCUUUAAAAAACCUGCAUUGAGCUUGCACAGUACCAUAUAUCCUUUUGUUCUAUCCUCUCUCUGGGUCCUUGCUCUUUGUAGAGGGUGUUUGGACUCCCUGUAUCUCCCACAUCCCUUUUACUGCUCUUGCCAUCCAUUCCCUGGCCCAGACUCCCUUCCCCCACUUCCCUUUCUCAGGCUUCCAAAUCAAAGCCCUGAGUUCUUUCCCUGGAAAUCGGAGAUUGAAAAACUGUCUCCCUUUUCCCUUCUUCAGGACAAGCUCUUCAGCUGGAAGGGGGUGCCUUGGGGUCCUGGGGGAGUACCCCCCUACCCUCCUCCAGGGCCAGGGGACCAGCAUCUUCAGGCAGGAAAUACUCAGACCAUUGUGAGGCUCGGGCCUCAAGGCCUGGAAAAAGCCGCAUCCCUGGCAGGGACCACCGUCGUUACUACCACGACCACUGGAGGCUGGAGUACCUGAUGGAUUUCAUCCCGGCCCGGCAUGGCAUGGUGUGCAUGGUGUGCGGCAGCUCCCUGGCCACCCUCAAGCUCAGCACCAUCAAGAGACAUAUCCGUCAGAAGCACCCUUACUCUCUGCAUUGGAGUCCCCGGGAAAAGGAAGUCAUCAGCAACAGCUGGGACGCACAUCUGGGGCUGGGGGCCUGUGGUGAGGCUGAGAGCCUGGGGGCCCAGGGGGCUGAGGAGGAGGAGGAAGAAGAUGAUGAAGAGGAGGAGGAGGGGGCCAGCCUUCAAGCUUGCCCACCCAAGGGCCCAGGCAAAGCCCCAGCUGGUGGGGGCUGCCGGCGCCAGCGGCGAGGGGUUCGAGGGGGCCCAGUGGCACCGCGGCGCCGGCGCCUCUCUGCCUCCCGAAGGGCUGGGGGCAGCAGGGGGCUAGGGGCCCGGCGCCUGGAGCGGAGGCUGAAGGAGUCCCUGCAGAACUGGUUCCGGGCCGAGUGUCUCAUGGACUACGACCCACGGGGGAACCGGCUGGUGUGCAUGGCCUGCGGCCGGGCACUGCCCAGCCUGCACCUGGACGACAUCCGUGCUCACGUGCUGGAGGUGCACCCCAGCUCCCUGGGGCUCAGUGGCCCCCAGCGCAGUGCCCUGCUGCAGGCCUGGGGUGACCAGCCUGAGGCGCAGUCAGAGCUCACCCAGUCCCCACCAGACGAUGACCUCGUCCCCCAGGACCUGACCAGAAAGAGCCGGGACUCCGCCCCAGCUGCUGGAGCCCCCUCCUCUCAGGAUCUCAGCCCCCCCGACGUAAAGGAAGAGGCUGGCUGGGCCCCUGAGAGGCCCGGGCCCGCAGAGGAGGAGGAGGAGGAGCUGGAGGAGGGCGAGGGCGAGAGGGCGGGCACCCUAGGCCGGCCGCGGAGGGGCCGAGACCACCGCCGCCACUACCAGGAGCGCUGGCGGCUGGAGUACCUCAUGGAGCUGGACGGCUGCCGGCGCGGCCUGGUGUGCAUGGUGUGCGGGGGCGCGCUGGCCUCGCUCAAGAUGAGCACCAUCAAGCGACACAUCCGCCAGCGCCACCCGGGCUCCACGAGCCUCAGCGGGCCUGUGAAGGCCCUCAUCGCGCAAGAGUGGAGCGAGAAGGCCGCCCACCUGCUGGCCUUGGGGCUGCCCAGCCCGGAGUCACCCGCGGCCCCCAGCAUUGCCUCGGCUUCGAAGGAGGGGGGAGGGGCAGAGGAGGCGGAGCCAGAGGAGGAGUGGUGGGGUGAGCCCCGGGAGGGCGAGCAGCUGGCGAGGGCGAGCGGGCCGGGAGCCGGGCAGGCUGGGACCGAGGGCCUGGCGAGGAGAGAAGGGUGGAGAGAGCCGAGAGCGCAGGGGAGGACUAUGGGAGGAGAGUCCGGAGAGGACGCGAGACCCGGAGGCUCCCGCCACUUCUCCAACGCAGCCCUUUGUUCUUCCCUAGGUGACGUCCCGCCGUCCCCUGGGGCUCCGCCGGAGCGGCCGGCCGAGGAGGAGGAGGAUGAGGAGGAGGAUGAAGACGACGGCCCCGGGGGGUUGGCAUUCCCGCCGCUGCCGCCGCCGCCGCCGCCGCCUCCCCCGCCGCCGCCACCCCGCAGCCGAGAGCAGCGGCGCAACUACCAGCCGCGCUGGCGGGGCGAGUACCUGAUGGACUACGACGGCAGCCGGCGCGGCCUAGUGUGCAUGGUGUGUGGGGGCGCACUGGCCACGCUCAAGGUGAGCACCAUCAAGCGACACAUCCUGCAGGUGCACCCCUUCUCCAUGGACUUCACCCCCGAGGAGCGCCAGACCAUCCUGGAAGCCUACGAGGAGGCUGCGCUGCGCUGCUACGGCCACGAGGGCUUCGGGCCACCCGCUCCGGCGGCGCGCGACGGCGGCGCGGACCUCAAGCCCGGCGCCGCAUGCCGCGCGUAGGACUCGGCCCCUCCUCCCCCCGGGCUCGCCUGACCCUCUGGCGGAGACCCUGGUGGCCGGCGCUGGGGCUUUUCGCGGCUCUGGCAGCUAUUGCGUCCCCCCGCUGGCCGGGAUGGGCAGAGUUUGGGGUGGAGUGCCACCCUGAGGUGCCAGCUAGCCCGCACGCUCCGGGAGCGCACUCGCGUGGGGGUCCCCGGCGGCUUCUCGCGGGGGCCCCAGGCUUCCCGAGAAGCCAAAGCACUUCCAAGCGCUCGCACCGGCGCCUGCGUUCUGGGCAGCACCAGCCGCGCUCAGUUGCCAGGCCUGGGUGGCGGUGCCGGCUGUUAGUGUUAGGGUGGAAGGUAGGGCGCGGGGAAGUCAGGAUGGACGCGUCGGCCGCUGAUAGCCCUGGCCGGGGCCCAGCCCUCUGCGGCCUCACACACCCGCAGUCGCGGCUCCCUGCUCGGGCUGCAGGCUGCGCCGUCGUCAAGCUUGGCCUCCGGGGAGACCUAGGCUGCGGACUGGGACCUGGGGCAGGAGGUGGGCGCGAGGGGCACCUUGGAUGCGUGCUGGCGGAGGGGCCGGGCCCUGCCAGUUGUGCCAGCAUGACGGCGCACCCGACGGCCACGCCCGCGGGACCGGGACCGUAAAGGGAUUAGCACUUUCCUCGUUUUGCUCUUCUGCUCUGAGGGCCUGUUUCCCCCUAGCUGAGUGUAGUGGCGCUCCGGGUUCAGCGCCAGCACGGUCCGAACUCGGGGGGGCCGGGCAGUUGCUCAGUGCUCUUGCCCCCUCCGUGCGUGGCUGGUCCUUGGUGCGUGUGCCACCCUUUCUCAGCUCUCAGGGCCUGGGGCGGGGCCUCGGCCUCCCUUUUUCUUACCCGCGGCAGCGCUAAGGGCCCUCGAUCUCCCAGGCAGGUCCGAGAGGGAUGUGUAGAUUCAUUCUCCCAUGGAGAACAGGUGGCCCCGAGAUCAGGCCGUUUUUUUCUUUGUAUUUUAUUUUGAAACUGUAUUUAAUGCUUUUAUAUGAAGGGGAGAGGGGGAAAACUGGCCCAGUUGCCCUUCCGUGCAAAUGUCUUAUUUAUUAUGCGUGUAUCAGAGAUAAGCUGUGAGGUGAAGGACCUGUAGGAAGAUGGCGCAAGGAUGCAGAGACGGGGGUGCGGAGAGGGGCGAUGAGGGAGGUUGGGAGGACAUUAUCUCACGCUCCUCAGGCCCUGCGUCUCUGGGCCACAGUGUUUGCUCUCCACAAAGGGAAGCCACUGCAAGCACUGUCUUUAUAGUCAGGGUGCGGAGGUCAAGGGUGGGACCUGGGAGCUGCCCUGGGUAUGGGGGUGAGUUUGGCCCUUUUGGUGGGAAAAUGGAAGUAAAAGAGGAAAUCCCCUCUCUCACCCCCCACCCCCCCCACACACCAGAGCCAGAACUCCAUGGUUCAAGUGCCUCAGGCCUAGUUCCCUAGACUUCCUGAUUGGGAGUUGGAUUUUAUACCACGGAUUUUAUAACAUUUUUAUAUAAUUCAGGAUUAUCAGUUGGAAAGGACUCUGGAAAUCACAUAUCUUCUUCACCUGUAGAUAGGUACAAUUCCAAAGCUCAGAAAUUCACAUAGCCAGCCAGGAACAGGACAAGAACUAGAUCUCAACUCCCAGUUCAGUGAGCUUUGCACUAUACCACACCACUUCCCAGUCCCUGGCAAACUUAAGAUGUCUACCCAUUAGACCUGCCAAGGUGUAGAAGUGUUGGGCACUGUAGGCCGUCACAGUGCAGUGACUCCUGAGGGCAGCAAAGUGCUGCACUUCCUGGGACAGGGUGCCAGGGUUCUACAGGGCAACUCCGGUGCAGCUUUUCCAUCAGAGCCAGGUGGGGCUUCGUCCUUUGGGCCGGGUCUUCCCAGUAGGGCAGGCGCUGCAUUAGGUAUUGUGGAAUAGACUGAAAGUGUUUCCAGUUUGACCCGCCAGGGUUUUUUGAGACAGUAUUAAAAUCUCGAGAGCAGAGAUUCUGGAUGGUGCCACACUUGGCACUGCCCUUUUUCUUUCCAUCGCAAGUGUUUUCAAAUCCAGAAUGAGUAUUCUGCCAUUUUCUCCCCUCUGCUGCCCUUUAAAAACAGGCAGAAUUGGAGCUACUGCUGCUAAUCACCAGAGCCCACUGCUGAAGUUCGGGUUAAGCCAGGGCAGGGAUGUUAGGAAUGGUUUUCCCUUUGAGGAAGAUGUAUGACCGGCCCUCCAGCGGCCCACAAGCCAGCAGCAUCAUCGUAGGAACUUGCUAGAUAGAAAUCCUUGGGCCCCACAGGUACUUCCUAAGGGAGGGAGCCCAACAAUGCCUUUCUCAUGCAGCUGAAGUUCCCAGGGCCUCUGCAGUGGCUCCUACCCCAACUGGAUCUGUGGCCUCAUAGGCCGAGGGUCAUGGCCUCGAGGUCAUGGUUGGUCCUUGGCCCUGCCUAGGUCUCCUUGCCUUUGGAUUCUGACAUGAACAGGUGAAGUUUCUUCAUGUUUUGUUUUAAUGGUAUGCUUGCUAUUCUGACCCAUAUGUAAAUGUUACUGAAUACAUAUUUAUAUGCUGUUAGUGACAUUAUUCAAACAUUUGUAUGUGUAUUUGUGAAAUUGUUUGCAUCAGUCAUUUAAAAAAUAUUUCAGCCUAAGUUUUCCAAGCAGUAUCUUGAAUAAAAUCUUAAAGUCCA